AUUAUAAGAUUCCCGAGUUGGAAAGGGGAAAGGAGAGAGAGAGACGAGCCAUGGCGACUUCCACCGUCCCGAGGCUCCUCUCCCUCCUCCUCCUCCUGCUCUCGGCCCUUUCCCUUUCCGUGGGGUCGUCCUCCAUGGAGACGGUGGGGCAGAGGGAGUGCGAUUACUUCAUGCUGUGCCUCCAAUGGCCUGGCACCAUCUGCAAGAGUACCCACCAUUGCUGCUCCUCCAAUGGCUGCUGCCGAUCACAACCUCUGACACACUUUACAAUUCAUGGUCUCUGGCCAAAUUACGAUGAUGGAAGCUGGCCAGCGUGCUGCAGUCACUCUGAUUUUGAUAUAAAAAAGGUUUCAUCUUUAGUACCAGAACUUGAGAAGUAUUGGCCAUCCUUGUACUGCAGCUCUCCCUCUCUUUGCUUUGGUGGAAAAGGACUAUUUUGGGCACAUGAGUGGGAAAAGCAUGGGACAUGUUCUUUCCCAGUAAUACAGGAUGAAUAUGACUACUUCUCCACGGUCCUUGAUCUGUACUCCAAAUACAAUGUUACGAGAAUUUUGAGCAGUGCAGGUAUCUUAGCUAGUAAUGGUGACAGAUAUCCAUUGGGCGAUGUUAUUUCCACCAUUAAGAAUGCCUUUGGGGCAUCACCCAUAGUGGUUUGCAGACAUGGUUCUGUGGAGGAACUUAGGUUGUGCUUCUCCAAGGAUUUUAAGCCUCGUGAUUGCACGAUGGGAUCUGACAUCAUAGAUGAUGCAUCAUACUUGAGAAGCUCUUGUCCUAGAUAUGUCAGUUUACCUACAUAUGCACCGCUCGUGCUUGGUGAUGUCAGUGGAGCAACCUCUUGGUCAACUGAUCAUUAAGACGACGAGGCCUCUUAGGGAUAAUCAUGUUGCAAGAUCCUUGUACGAAAUUGAAGCCGAGUAAAAUAUCGUGAUAGCAGUGAAACAUUGUCAACCUAAGUAGUUAGCCAUCCUAAAAUUCCAUACGGCUGGUUAUCUUCAUCGUGUAAAUUGCAAACAUUUCAUUCAAAUAUGCGAAUGUAAUAUAUAUAUAUCCAUGCAUGGUCCUGAUACUAUGAGGUUAUUUUCCUUUCCAGUUAUAGCGGUUUUAGAGGUUGGUUGUGAUAACUGAUCAUCCAUCCGUACCAACUGGCUUGUUAACUAAGAUUUUUAUGAAUAAUUUGUCAGUUGUAUCGUUUUAAAA